UAAAAAAAAGAAAAAAGAAAAAAAAAGACAGCAGAGAAGAGAGCCCCAAAGUUGGGUUUUAAAAAAAAGGCUCUUAUAUCUGCUCAGGCUAAAUCACUCCCUCAGCUCACUGGGUAAGCAUGGUCCCUCAUCAGUGUAAAGGAUUAUUUAAUUCUCGUUUGCCUAAGGCUUUAAUUUACACGCCUAUACUCUAUUUUAUCGGUUUCAAGACUUCCCAAAUGAGCAUCCAAUUUUCCUUCGUUUUUAACUGCCCCUCAUUUCAACUGAGUCCAUUACAACGGCUGGCUUUUUUUCCUGGGUGGCAUUUUCUGGUUUCCUGUUCACUGCUGCCCAACUAAAUACCCCAUAUGUGACUUUAAGCCCUUGACUCACAUUGCCUCUGUGGAUAGAUAGACCUUCUCUGGUCCUCUUCUCCGGAGAGUCUUACGUUAUUUCUGGCUGCUAGCAUCAGGGUCCAGGGCAGAGUCCACGGCGGGCAUGCCCUUGCCUUCGGCCACAGGAGUUGCGCUAAUGAACACAGUGUGUCAGUCUGUACAAAACCCCAGGUAUCCACCCCGCUUCCCUUUAGAGUAGAAGAAGUUUACAUUUCAACCACAUCACAGCCACUGGCUGUCAAAGAGGACAACCUCUGUUCUGCUGGAGCGAUUUUCUGGAUCUACUGAGAGCGAUUUCAUUUCAUGUCACAAGAAUGGGGUGUGUGUGUGUGUGUGUGCGUGUGUGUAAGAGAGAAAAUUGAGAAUUGAGAAGGAGAUAGAGAGAGAGGAACUUCUAGCAAAGUAGCGUGUGUCUGGCUACUGGUGGGUAAUGCUACUGUAAAUAACUUGAACUUCCACUGGCUGGCCCUUGGUCAUAAAAUGCUAAGCCUUUCAGGUGCAGAUCUAUAUAAAACAUUGAGGGUUAGAGGGUGCACAGGGAUCUCCAAUCUCUUCUGCCACCCAAGGUAAAGAUAGGUUUUAAACUAACAAUUUGGAAUUACUUUGAGACUACUAAGGAGGAGUCAUUCUCAGAACUUCCCAGUUCUUUGCUAAAUACUAACCUCUGAUACAGAUCACGCGCUGUGCUUGCUAACAGUCGACACUAGACCGGUGAUUGGAGUUACUGUCUAAGUAGCUCUGGGGAAAAAACUAGUUUCUCACGUCGGCUCUAAUGAUGGGGGAGGGAGUCAUUUCAUUUCACAAGGAAAAGUACUACGUGUCAUUGAACUGAAAACAGUUCUCCUUUCCUUGUGUGCAAAAUGAAGAAAUGUCUCACACGGAAUUCAGAGUCCCAGGGUGUUGGGGGGGUGUCCCGAGUGCUGUAUAACCUGACGACUGACUGGCUUUGGAGAUGAAAAUAACAAUUGCUACUGUAUGGUGAUUAAUUUUGUAUUGAUACUGUGUUAUGAGAGGCUCUGUCUGCAUGGCUUAAUUCUCUUAAUUCCUACAAUGGUGAGGGAGGAGUCACCUUAUCUAUGUGUUCGACAAAGACUGCACAUGGCAGAGCCAAGAUUCAAACAGGGGGACCCCUCACCACCGGGCUGAGGGGUCUGCCCCGAAGAUGCCCGAGGUGCUCACAACCCAUCAGCUGUUGUUUAGGGAACAACGAACUUCCUGGUUGGGGCCAAGUUGAAAAGGAGCAACUAAGUAUCUGCAGAACAAACUUCUUGAGUUGGCGCAUUGGGAUAAAUAUUUGAUUUUAGAGCCAGUGAAAAUGCUACCUGACUUUCAGGGCAACCUCCUUUGUUUGAAAUCCUGUUGCGUGUUCAUGUGGGGGGCAUGCAACCCUCCAGGCAUGGAGUCGUUAGUCCUGCUGUGGCUGGUGUGGCAGGUUGCUCUCCCCAUGUGGCUGAAACAACAUGAGACAACUCUGAUGUGUAAAAACAAAUAAGGAAAACUAUUUGCAUUUAGUUUAAACAACAACAACAAAAAAGACUAGUAAUUCUGGGGCAAACUCAGCCAGGAAACCCACAGCUGAAGCAGCAAACUCAAGCUGGUCCUGCUUCAUGGUCAAGAAUGUCGAUUCUGCAGCUGGACCUCCUGGAUCUGACUCCUGGCUCUGCCAUUGGCCGGCUGCGUCUCCUGGGCUGCUUUUGAAUCUCUCUGUGCCUGAAUUUCUCUCAUCUGAGAAGAGGCAUAAUAAUAGCAUCUACUUCAUAGGGUUUGUUGUGAGGAUUAGACGAAUCAAUACACGAAAAGCACGAGAACGGUGCUUGGCAACAACACGCUAAGUCCUGCAGCAAUGUCACGUGUUACUGCUUUGAUGCUGAUCAAUGAUCCCGAUAGCUUGGUCCCUUUUUUUCCCCCAUCGGCAGACUUUUCCUGUUCUGGAUGGAUCACUAAUCGUCUGUCUCUCGCCGCAGCCCUAGGAGGCAGGCGGGUAUUAUCCACUCCUUUUUGCUGACGAGGAAAUGGCGUAGAGAACUGAGUUGCCAAGAGUCAGAGUGGGGAGACGACCAGCCUCCUGGCUCUCAGCCCCCAGCGCUUUCUACUAUCUUGCACUAAAACCUUAGAGGAAAAGGGAGCAGCCCUGCAUUUGGGCCAAAUCCAUGAUGUCAUUAGCCCUCAGUCCACAAGGUACCCUCAAGGGUAUGUGUAGCUGGAUCCGACCGUCUUUCUCAAGAUUCAGUUCCAAGAGCCCUUGGAAGCGGAUUUCAGACCGCAGCAAGGCAAGGCAGUGCCUGUCCUCGGCUUCAGAGGCUCCGCUUUUGCAUUUCUCCAUGCAGACGGGGGUAGUGUUUCAUGGUCUCCCACUUGGCUGCAGGAAACCAGGAUGGCAGCUCCGGGUUGCGGGGGGGAGGGGGGCUGCUUUCCUCGCCCAGGGAACUAAGCUGAAAAGCAGGUGUUCUUUCCGGCUCAGCAGAUGCUAAGGCGAUAAGCUGCACCUUGCAGAGGCUCUGGGAUUCAGACCCGGCUGAGCGCCUGGCCAGCUCUCUCCUCCGUGGCGGCCCCGUUAUGGACGCGUGUCUGCACCCCGGGCAGCAGCCCCAGCACCUGGAGGAGGGACCGAGCUUCCGGGACAGCAGGGCAGAGGGGGACAAGCAGGCUCUGCGCACAGACGGACCCCUGGAAGAUUCUCAUGAGAUACAGCAAGCCCUUCAGAGCCUCCAGAAAUUUGUUCCGGCGAAUUACGCCAGCUACACCCAGGAGUACUAUCGGUUCGCAGGCAAGAAGAUUGUCAUUCAAGAAUCCAUAGAGAGUUAUGGAGCGGUGGUGUGGCCAGCGGCUAUGGCUUUGUGCCAGUAUUUGGAGGAACAUGCGGAGGAACUGAAUUUCCAAGAUGCCAAGAUACUUGAAAUUGGUGCGGGACCAGGCCUGGUUUCCAUCGUGGCCAGUAUUCUAGGAGCUCAAGUCACAGCAACAGACUUGCCCGACGUCCUAGGGAACCUUCAAUUCAAUCUUUUAAGGAACACACUACACCGUGCAGCCCAUCUGCCUGAGGUCAAAGAGCUGGCGUGGGGAGAGGGCCUGGAAGACAACUUCCCCAAGGCCUCGCUUUCUUACGACUACGUGCUGGCUUCCGACGUGGUCUACCACCACUACUUCCUGGACAAGCUGCUCACCACCAUGGUCUACCUCUGCCAGCCGGGCACCGUGCUGCUCUGGGCAAACAAGUUCAGAUUCAGCACCGAUUAUGAAUUUUUGGAAAAAUUCAAGCAAGUUUUUGAUACAACGCUCUUGGCAGAAUUUCCAGAGUCAUCUGUCAAGGUUUUCAAAGGAGUGCUGAAAUGGGACUAAGUUAAACCAAAUGCCUUUCACAACAGGAGUGUGUCUUUUGAGCAGCGUUAGAAAUGGCAGUUCAAAGACUUCUAAUAUAAGACUGCAAAGGUAGGGCAUAAAAACAACCUGUAUGCCUAACAGACAUGCUAUUGCAGCAACUCUCUAACCUGCUUAGGAUUACCUGCUUAAUCGAAAUAUACACAAAAGAAAAAUAUGAAAACAUAGAAGUAGCUUUCUUGGCUUCCCAGAGUCUCAGUGAAGUGCUUGAUAAAUUUUACAAGACUAAAGUAACCAACAAGUGGAUUCCCCCUUGUUAUUCCCGCUGGAGAGCAUGGUUUUAAACUUGUCAAUAUACCUUUUUGUCUCAUGCAUUUUGAAACUGAGCUCUACAGGGUCUGUGGAUCUUAACUGGAAGAAUCUACUUAGGAUAGGUUUUAUUUGCAGCAAAGGGAGAGGGUACUGAAUAAUAGGGCACGGUUAGAGGCUUAAUAGUGAUUAAAACGGAAAAAUACGGCAACAGUGCUGGAAUGAGAAAACGGACGAUGCCUUGGGGGCCUGGAACCAGUGCUGAGUGCACACUCCGCACCAUUGCCAACGCUUCUUUCAGAUGCUCUUUGUUUCUACUUGGUUCUUCCAGUCAUUUUCAGUGGCUGGUGCAGCCAUGGGCCACCAUAUCCAGAAAGAGGAAAAAUGUCCCCGCUUUUAAAAGUUCCAUUUUAAUCACACAGAAAUACAAGUUUUGCUGAGGAUGCCUUUUUUUUCUUUUCUUUUUAGGGCCGCGCCUGUGGCAUACAGAAGUUCUCAGGCUAGGGGCUGAAUCAGAGCUACAGCUGCCAGCCUACACCGCAGCCACAGCAUCACUGUGGGAUCCGAGCUGUGUCUGUGACCUAACCACAGGUCACAGCAACACCAGAUCCUUAACCCACUGAGCGAGGCCAGGGAUCCAACCUGCAACCUCUUGGAUCCUACCUGGGUUCGCUACUGCUGAGCCAUAACGGGAACUCGGAGGACACCUUCUUUUGGAGGCACAGUGUGAUCUAGAGAGAAAGCAGGGCCCACAAGGCAGCUGUGUGUACCUGCCCCCAGAUCCUGGCGUCUCUUACUGUGGGGACUGUUCUUUCUAGAAAUCACAGCUCAAAGCAGAUUGUGCCAGUCUGUGGACAUACCUCCAAUUUCCACAGCAAACUUAAUACUCUUCAUGCUAAAAUUUCAUUAUCUGAGAAAGACACCCCACUGAAAGAGAGAAGUAGUAAUUACAGAUUGAAAAGUCCUUGUUAUCACAGAGAACCAGACAUGGCCCAUAGAUUAAAAAAAAAAAAAAAUGCCUGUGAACUUUCAGGCCAUACUGAGACAUCCUAUUAAAAAGCGCUGCUGUUCACCUCCUGCUGCAGGCACAUACCUCACUGGAUCGCUUCUCACCACCAGUCAUCAGGACUGAGAGCAUCGGACAGCUGGGCAGCUGAUGACCUGGCCUGUCAGAAGGGCCCGGCCGCUUACUGUGCCUGGGGCUCCAGAACGUUCUUCAAAGAGUACAUCCAAGCCCCCCAUGGGCUUAGCUUCUCCUUCCACAUUAAAAAAGACAGUGAAAAGAUCAAAACCUGAGAAGUAAAGUGAGAAAUUAGGCAGCUCUGCAACAAUGUCAAUUUUAUAUGAAAAGCAGCCAUAUUUGAAGGAUCCUGGAAUUCACUAUACCUUGACAUAACUCAGAAGGUAGUACUUCAAAAUAACUCUCUUACCAGGAAGUUUCUAACCAUCAAGUUACCUUAAAAUUGAAUGUUAAAUCCAUGUUCCAAAAAACGGGUGUCAUUCCAGUGAAAAUGGUAGAACUUUUUGUCAAUGAAAAAAGCACCUCUAAAAAUUCUCUCUUCCAUUAAAGUCAUGAGAUGACUGACAGAAAUCCUUAGGAGCAACUUUUCCAGAACUCUGGAAAUUAACCAAAGACAUGUAGCAAUCUGAGGUGUGUUCAUUCAAAAUGGCCGGGUCUCGGUAACAGAGCAGUUUGUGAUGGUUUCAACUGCCUUGCCCCCAUCCCGCCUCUCACUCCACGGUAGCCUUGAAAAGCAGCAGCCCGGUUAUCUUAGCACUGGAGUUUGUUCACCAGAAAACACCACGUACCAGGCUGUUCUUUGACUGGACUCAGAUCUCUCUCAGGGGGAAAAGCCUUUUCCCAGGGGUGUUUGUCUAGAUAAUUUCAGGCAACUGUAUAAUUUCAUGGCUGCCUGAGAUGACAGAUAACAGUGGGACUAAUUAAAAAAAGCUUCAAGGGAAAUGCUGAGAAAUGAGACAUUCAGAGGAGCUCUGAAAGCUGUCAUAUUCCUGGGUAUCAGCUAUACACAUCUCUCGGGGCUGAAUAUAUCCGCAGGAAAGAUCUGAGAAGGACCCAAUACCUCACUUCUGUUGAGCCCAAGGCUCUGCAGCAGAUAGUUCUUACAGAAAUGGUAAACCUGGUUAUAAAACACGUUCUCUAAUUAGCAGUCAGCAUGACCUCAGGGAGUUGCCCUUUCCCUUUGGAGCUUCCCAAUUUCCUGAUUAGAUUGAACCUCUAUGUGGGGGGACCUGUAUAUCUGUAGGUGAAAGAUGUGUUUGUGACAGAACAUGCACAUGGCUGUUCAUGGAUGGCUCCAGAUGGCUCAGAAACAACAAAAUGUGUGCAUACAUAUCUGUACUUUUUCUUCAAGGGUCCAAUGUUGUUAUCAGAUAAAGGAGUCAAACUGCUCAAAAAACAGUUAUGAAUGACUAAGAUCAGAGCUCUGGCAGGCCUUUUACAGUAAGAAAUUCUAAGGGUACAAGGUUUAAAAACCAUACACAUCGGGAGUUCCUGUUGUGGUGCAGUGGAAAUCAAUCUGACUAGUAUCCGUGAAGAUGCGGGUUCCAUCCCUGGCCUUGUUCAGUGGGUCAGGGAUCCGGCAUUGCCAUGAACUGUGGUGUAGAAUGCAGGUGCAGCUCGGAUCCCGAGUUGCUAUGGCCGUAGUGUACUCCGGCAGCUGUAGCUCUGAUUUGACCCCUAACCUGGGAACUUCCAUGUGCCUCGGGUGUCGCCCUAAGGAAAAAAAAAAAAAAACAUACAUAUGAAACAUUUGUUCUAAGUGAGUGGAGGCUUUUGAAUAUUGUCUACGUGUGUCAGUUUAUUUUAUGGAGGAAGGAUAAGAGUAGUAGCCAGAAGGAUAAAAAUACUAAAAAGUUAAACAUACAUGAAAGUUAAUCACAUAAAAAGAUUUAGAGAUACAUUCAAAUGAUUGCCAACCUCUAUGAAACAUUAUAAAAUCAAUUAAUUCAUGUUGGAAUUUUUUUGUCUAUGGAUUUAAUAUAUUAUUUCUCUUCUAACCUCAAAUUUUAUUUAUGAAAAAUUAAGACCAAUUUUAAGAAGCUUCAAUAUUCACUUUUAUUAUUUAUAAAAAAAAUUAAGGUAUCAGAGUGCAUAUGGUGUACUGGGAUCUUGGUUUUGCACAUUUAUUCACGUGUUUACAUUAUUUCCAACUUUAAUAAACAUACCAUAUGUGUAUCUUUACAAUACCUGAUACAGAUUUAAGCUGUCUGGCACUUACACAUGUAUUAUUAGUUCAUUCUGAUGCUCUGCAAGUCAAGAAGAUGUUAAAAAUGAUUGGCCUGAAAGAACUCCAAGAUGAAGAUUGAUUGAAGCAGAUACGCUCCAGCAAUUGCCACGUAUUUAUUUGUGCCGGGUUUAUUUUGUCCCCUUAAUUGAAUGUAAACGUUUGCAAAAAAACAAAAACAAAAAACAAACAAAAAAAAAAAAAACCACACCAAAACCAAAAACCCCCCGAAAACCUGGAAAUGAAGUUCUGUUACUUUUAGUCCAAUAAAUAAUUUUAGCUACGCUUAAUGUAGCUUAUUUAAGGCCUUCAUACAAUUGAAAAAAAUUAAAGU